AUGGCGCAGCCAUCCGCCUCUCCCACUCCCAACGUUCUCAAGCCCCCGCUCUCUGCGUCCCCUCCCGCCCUCCUUUCCAACUCCCUCUUCCACCCGCGGAAGGAGUUCUUGCGCGACCAGCAGCGGGUCUUCUCCUCUUUCUCCCUUUUGACCUUAGCAGGCACCGGCCUCGUGCGACUCUACAGCUUCCCGGACAGCGUCAUCAAUGCCCUCCGUAAGCUCUUCGAGACACUCACGGAUAUCGGCAGCUGUCGCGAAAGCGCAGCGAAUCAUUUCUUCGAGUUCUCCUUGGAGAGCAAGCCCUGGGCGAACGUCAAGACCCUCGCGUCGGAGAAACUCAUUGUCGCGAUCCUCUCCGUUGUAUAUCAGUUUGGUUUUUCUUUCCUGUCCACCAUCGAAUAUGCGCGAGAAGCAGACGAUCGCAUCGCUCUCGCUUUCUCUCGACCCACCAAUGCUCCCCUGAACCCUCCCAUCCCUGCGGUACCAAGUGGCUCUGCUAGUACCCUCCCACAAUCAAGUCCGAUGCUCUUCGCUAUUUCCUUCCCCUCCACAGCCAUUCUCCGGGUCAUUGAUCCACCCCUACCAUUGACUCCUGGCAUCCUCCAAGCCGUCAGGAACGCGUGGCCCCGUGGAAUCGCGUAUGAGAAGAAGAUCGGAGAUUCGUAUGAGUUCAAGCUGAGGGGUUACAAGUGGUUCCAGGAGAACACAUUUGCAGUGGAUUCCCUUCAACAAAUUCUGUCCUUACUCGCAGCCCUCGACCGCCAUUCUUUCACCCUGCUGACCUCUCUGACCAUCGGGAACCGCUCAAGAACCAGGGACCUGUGGAUUUUCAUCGGGCCUCCAGGAGAGUCUCACUCGCUUGAAUCACCACCAUCCAGUCCAACAAGUUCAAGCCUGGAGCUGAAGCGAGAGAUCACGCCGCAACACGGGUUAGUAGUUGGUGGCGUGUACCGUCCCACCUCCCCUCCCUUUUCUUCUCCCUUGAAGCAGGUCACUCCCACCAGUAGCAACAACAGUAGCAAGCUGAAGAAGCCGUUCCCUCCAGUCAAGCUUCCCAACGCGUUCACGUCGGAAAGCUCACUGCAUGCGAAGGCUGCGAGCGAAGUUGGAAGCGUCGAUAUGACUGGUGUUGGAACCCACCGCAGAGCCGAAAGCCAUUCUAACACGCCGGAUGUGUUCUAUACCACCGGCCCAGUGCAACCUGGCAACGUCUACCAACGCGACUUCAAUCCGUGGAACAGAGGAGGGAAUGCUCCCCCCAUUGAGGCGACUCCGUCAUCGCGACCUCCCCCGUCAGCAUUCGGCCGCACCCAUUCUCGUCACUACUCCAUGUCCUCUACCGACGACCCUCUUCUCCGAUCGGUCAAUGUUGAUUCCCCGUAUGAUCCCGCACGGCCGGGCUCUAUGAGCUCCAGCUCGACGAACUCGCGAGCGCGGAGGGCGUCGUCGCCGCUGGCCUCAACUCCCCUGACAAUGCAACCGCCUGUGGUGCACAUCACUCCGUCCUCCGACGUAUCGUCCGUUCAAAGCAGUUUCCCGUUCUUCACAAACGGAAAUGGGCAGGCUCCGAAGGCCGACGGAGAGCCUCUACGCACGCCAACGCCACCGCUGCUUGGGUCGGGCGCGUUCCGCGAUUCCGCGUUCUCGUCCAGCACCGGAUGGCGGUCUACCACGGAAGUGCCUAUCGCCUGGACGGGCAAGGAUCCCGAGCCGUCUAAUGGAGAUGACCCUCAUCCGGUCAGCUCGUCUUUGCCCCGGGUCACCCCCUUCGGCCCACGCGAACGCAGGCCAAGCUCCGGUGGACGGACGGACGGCCAGGUGGUGCAGGCACCUGUCCAGCCACCCCUUGAGCGCCGUGGGUCAAGCGGGCCGCCGCUGCCGGGGGCAUGGGCGUCCACUCCACAGGAGGAGAAGGAUGACGUCGUCGGGCACGGCCCAUCCCUCUCAGUCACCACUAGCUCGAGCACCAGCCCGCCGAACCCCAACAUGAUCCCACCCACCAUCACCGAGCAUCCGAGCCAAGAGGGCGACGAAGUCACCGUCCAGCUCAAUGGCAGCGUCCGCGUCAUGCAACCCAAGCAGCACCGCGCCCAGGGCGACGGCGCGCGCAAGAGCGAGGCUGCCGUCCUUGGCAACACUGAGGACAAGACGGCCCUUGCUAGCAUCAUGCCCUCCCACAACGGCAGCGCGAACGGCUCGGCUCACCCCCCUCCCUAUUCAAGCUCGGGCUUGCCCCCGAGCGGCAAGCGCCGCGCCAACUCCAUCUCCGAGGGUUGGGUCAUCAUCAACGUCGAUAGCAAGGGGAAGGACGGGCUACGCCCCGGGGCCCUGAAACACCAGCGCAGCCAGUCCGACUCACGCAUCCCGACGGUGAACGCGCUCGCGCAGACCACCACGGGCGGGAGCAAGUCGACGAUGUCCCCCGCGGCUAAAGCGAUCGUCAUGGUCGAUGCCAUUGGGGAGAAGGAGCGCCAGCGCGAGAAGCAGUCUGGCAGCCGGCUCAAGAAGCUGCUCGGCCGCUCGGUGGACAAGUCGGAGAAGGCGAACGGCAGCGGCGCGAGCACGCCCCAGCAAGCUGCCUCGCCCACGCCGAACGGGUCAACUGUAGGAGGCAGCCUGCGCAGGGCGAGGCACGCUUCCCAGCAGGCGAGUCUGCGGAAGUGA